AUGGAGGCUGGAACUCGUGCUUCUAUUUUGUUUAGUAUGUACAUGCAUGUUCCAAGACUGCGUAAGAAAAAGCCUGAUCCACCUACCAUUAUUCAGGGUCCACCUCCCAUUCUUCAGGAUUCAUCUCUCAUCGUUCAAGAGGCCCCUCCCAUCGUUCAGGAUCCACCUCUCAUCAUUCAGGAUCCACCCCACAUCGUUCAAAAUCCACAUUCCAUACUAUGUAGAUAUAUUGGUAAACCCCCUCUUGUGCCCGGUAUACUGGAUCCGAUAUGGCUUUCGUAUCGGUUACCGGCUAGUACCAUUCCUCAGUACGAGAUAUGCACACUAUCGGACACAGUUAAGGAUAAUAUUGUUUGGGCUAAGACCGCAGUUGAUUUUUAUCUACAUGAGCAGAGCAAGGGGGGAUGUACCGAUCUUUUGUCUAAAUACUUGGAUGCGAUUGCUUAUUGGAUUAAUUCAGGAAACGAGAAGCCGAAUAAGUUAAAUGUUACAAUGAUGAGAGACGAGACAGUGCCACAACAAGCGUCAAUAGCCAGAGGGGAUUGUGGUCCGUUUAUAUGCAUGUGCUUGGAACGUGUGACGAGAGGAGGCAAACAGUUUCUACCUCCGAGAGAUAGAGAUAGAGUGCACAUCCAUGCAUCACUUACUAUGAGAAUUCAACUUCCUAUUGAAGCAGAGCAUCCACGCAUCAGUUACAAUAUUUUGCCUGUUCCAUAUGCCGGCCAGACCCAUUGUCAUAGUUCUUACACUCCUGAUGACUUGCCCAAGAUCGUUGUUAUGACUCUAAGUCAGGGGUCUGUUGUCAAGAGCAUGGAUUUUCAUCCAGUGCAACAAAUUCUACUUCUUGUAGGAACAAGCAUUGGCGAUAUCAUGAUGUGGGAAGUAGGUAGUGGUGAAAGGAUAGCUCAUAAAACAUUUAAGGUUUGGGACCUUUCAACAUGUUCAAUGCCUCUGCAGGAAUCUUUGGCAAAUGAUCAUUCAGUCUCAGUCAACCGUGUGGUUUGGAGCCCUGAUGGAGCUCUUUCUGGCGUUGCAUACUCCAAGCAUAUUGUGCACGUAUACUCCUACCUAUAUUUGUGUGAUUGGUCAAUUCAAUUAGGUUCAUCUAGUAUUAAGCUGAUUUUUUGCCUUAUUGAGGCUCAUGUUGGAAGUGUUAAUGAUCUUGCAUUUUCCUACCCAAACAAACAAUUGUGUGUUGUCACUUGUGGCGAGGACAGGGUUAUUAAGGCUUGGGACACGGUCUCUGGGGCUAAACUGCAUACUUUUGAGGGUCAUGAAGCACCUGUCUAUUCUAUAUGCCCUCAUCACAAGGAAAAUAUUCAGUUCAUUUUCUCAACAGCAACGGAUGGGAAAAUAAAGGCAUGGUUGUAUGAUAAUAUGGGUUCAAGAGUUGACUAUAAUGCACCUGGUCAGUCAUCCACAACAAUGGCAUACAGUGCUGAUGGAACGAGGUUGUUCUCAUGUGGGACUAACAAAGAAGGGGAAUCAUUCUUGGUGGAAUGGAAUGAAAGUGAAGGAUCUGUCUAGCGGACAUAUUUUGGUCUUGGAAAGCGAUCUGUGGGAGUUGUUCAAUUUGAUACGACAAAGAAUAGGUUCUUGGCUGCUGGUGAUAAGUUCACUGUCA